UUCCCCCUCCGGAGGGGCCCCGUUCUUUUCCCGGGCAGAUGCAGAUUUGUGGCCACUGAAGCAGGAAGCACCUGUACAUCCAAUGCUCUUCUCGUCAACAUCGAGCACACCUCGCACUUACCAGGUGAUGCUGGCAGCCUCUGAACUGGGCCCCUACAUCCCCGGCCUGGGCCAAGCGUAUCACACCUCGGUGCUGAUCGACAAUGAGGAGUAUCAGUUCGAUGGCAACGGCAUUUGCGUCAGUCAAGGCCUUACCAGCCAUGCGCGUUUUACACGUGGCCACGAGCUGAUUCUGCUUGGUCACACCACACAAAGUCCCAAGGCGAUGGUUGCGCUGCUGAAGGCCUACUUUCAGCCUGGGAGCUACGAUCUUCUACGGAAGAACUGCAACUCAUUUUCGAGUUGUGCGUUGCACUACCUUCUGGAGUCUUCGAUGGAUUCCAAGUACUCUUUCAUGGAAUCGGUGGCCCAGAGCGUGAAUAAUUACAUCAACCUUGUCAGCCUGAUCAUGCCCAAUUACGAGCCGAACCCUUUCGCCGAAGGUUUCAGCGUCGACUUGGUCUGUCGGGACAUCAAUCUGCAGAAGAAUGCGAUGAAAGGAUCCCAAAGGCAAAGCCGUGCAUGGAACCUUGUCUGGCGCUUGCAGAGGAAGGCCAAGGCUGGUCGCGAGCUGCUGCGUCACGCAUUCUGCGGCUCCAAGAAGAUGCCAGAGGAGCCAACGUCCAAGGAUGAGAUGGACUUAAGGAGUGAAGUGAUCUGAUGGAUUUGAUGUUGUGCACCACGGGACCACGAGUGACGUGGUCCGGGCUAUUGAACCUCCCCGGUAGCCACCGACCGGGGACCAGCGAGCGAGCUGGCAGGGCGUCGUGUUUUUUUGGAUCGGGGCGUAUGGGGCUCCAGAUCCCAUCCAAACAAGGUUCUCAAUUGCCAAGCUCGCCGAAACGCGGCCUGGUUGCUGUUGCCGGGACGGCACGAUCGACAUGAUUCAACAUGUGCAUCGGUCGUCCGUGUGAUGAGCCGGGAGACGGUCGCUCGAGACACGACAAGAAGCACCUGAUGUGCCAGGAUGGUGCAACCCUUUUUCCCGC